ACGCCAAUCAGCGGGCGACUCAAAUAGCCCAGCAGGCGGACAGACGGCCUCGUGCAUCGCAAACGCUUCACCGAUGAAGAUGGGAGAUUGCUGGGUGGCUGUAGUGGACUUCCCCAUGGUAGCACUGCUGCUGAUGGCGCUGGCGGCGGCGCUGGCCGUUCUCGCUCUCCGCGGCAGAGCCGUCCGAGCCGGCCGCUCCUCCAUCCCCUGCCUGCCCUCGCUGCCCCUGCUGGGUAGCCUGCUGAGCUUGAGAAGCAGCCCACCUCCUCACCUGCUCUUCACCCAGCUGGGUCGCAAGUACGGCAGCCCGUUUGCCCUCCACCUGGGGCCGCACUACACGGUCGUGGUGAACAACUUCAAGCAUGCUCGCGAGGUGCUUCUGCAGCGGGGGAAGGAGUUUGCCGGGAGGCCCAAAAUGGUGACCACCGAGCUGCUGAGCCGGGGAGGAAAGGACAUUGCCUUCGCCGACUACAGUCCCCUGUGGAAGAGCCACCGCCGCCUGGUACAUGCCUCUUUCACCAUGUUCGGGGAAGGCAGCAACACGCUGCAGAACAUCGUGUGCGAGGAGGCCGCCAGCUUGUGCUCCGACCUGUCGGCCCAAUCGGGCCAACCCGUUGACCUCGAGUUGCCGCUGAUGCAGGCCGUCACCAACGUGGUGUGCACCCUGGUGUUUGGCUCCACCUACCAGCCCCACGACCCCGAGUUUCACAGCGUCAUGGAGUACAACAGCGGCAUAGUGCAGACCAUCGCCAGGGGCAACGUGGUGGACAUCUUCCCUUGGCUUAAGAUCUUCCCCAACAAAGAUUUGAAGAAACUGAAAGAGUGCAUCCGUGUGAGAGACGAACUGCUAAGCAAGAAGCUGGAGGAACACAAGGCAACUUACAGCCCCGAGGAAACCCGCGACCUGCUUGACGCAUUGCUGAAGGGCCAGAGAAGCUCAGGCGACGAGUCCAGCAUCACCGAUGACCAUGUACUGAUGACGGCCGCGGAGGUCUUCGGGGCAGGUGUGGAGACAACUUCCACAACCCUGCUUUGGAUGAUAGCUUUCCUGUUGCAUCACCCUGAGGUCCAGGACAGGAUCCACCAGGAGCUGGACAAGCAGAUCGGACGCGACCGCAUGCCGACGCUGGCGGACCGGGGCCGGCUGCCCUACCUGGAGAGCACCCUCUGCGAGGUGAUGAGGAUUCGGCCCGUGAGCCCCGUGCUAAUCCCCCACGUGGCCCUGCGGGACACCAGCUUAGGAGAACACAGCAUCCCCAAGGGCACACGUGUGCUGGUCAAUAUGUGGUCCAUUCACCAUGAUCCCCAGGAGUGGGAUGAGCCCGACAAGUUCAAACCGGAGCGCUUCCUGGACGCCGACGGUCAGCGCUUCUCCCCGCCUUGCUUCCUCCCGUUCGGCGCGGGACCGCGGGUCUGCGUAGGCGAAUCCCUUGCUAAGCUGGAGCUCUUCCUGUUCUCCGGAUGGCUGCUGCAGCGUUUCACCUUCACGGUCCCGCAGGGGGCGCCGUUGCCUGAUCUCCAGGGACGCUUUGGGGUUGUUCUGCAGCCGCUGGCCUACACCGCCUCCGUGACACCGCGGCUCUGCUGAGUAGGCCGCGCUGGGCCUCAAGCGCUAAAACAAAGUUCACCCUGCAAACCUGCAAACUUGCUCUAAACUGAAACGGUAAAAAUUACCCAGCCGUGUAAACGAGUAAAUCAGCGUAAAUAUCUCAAUGUUGUCAGCUGCUUUUGAAAGGAGCAUCAGCAGCAUAAACGAAUGCGAACCUCAUUUAUAUGGCCUACAUAAGCGACACAUCUUGCUUGCUUUUCUGUCUUCCUAUAUUAAAAUGUCUGUGUGUAUGAAUGGACAUAAUCCAACAGUAGAAUUCCCUUUAAAAUGACACACUUUCUAGAAACACAAAAUCAGACAAGGUAGAACACUAAAAACAUAAUCUUGAAUGUAUCCUACAAGAUCCUCUUACCAAUGAGAAUAAGAGUGGAAUUUUUCUCUUUACCGUAGACACAAGUAAUAGUACCUUCAGAGAUGUAAGUGUAAGAAUAGCAUAUUGCAGUUUUAGGGUCUUUUUCCCACCUUCAUCCUAGCAAAUAGCACAAAACAAUACUUAAUAAAGUGAUUUAUUUUCCA